UCGACCAUUACCACGUAAUGCAUCGACCGUGAGAACGGUGAUCACAGUCCAGACUUGUACAUGAUGUGGUAGGGGUUUUGAAUUACCCUCUCUGGGUUUAUGUGAUGAAAGCAAUCGAUUUGAAAAUCGAGCCCGGCGAUAAGAUCGGUGGGAAGAAUUCGCCACAGGAUUUGUGGCUAGGAUAGUAUAGUUACGGAAUUGUUGGUGCCGUGGAGAAGAUGGCAACUAUGAUGCUCAGAGGUAUCAGUAGAGCUUCGGUCGGUUGGAUUUCCUCGCCUCUGGCUGCAGGAGCUGAAGGGGAGCUGGAUUUUCUGCGACGAGAGCUAUCUGCACGUUGCUCCUCAGGACGGCAGCAAUUCUGUCGGAAUUCUUGGCAGAGACUGUCAACACUAGCUUCCAAUAUCCCGAGGCCUGUCGCGCGUGUCGGCGGGACUUCGACUGGCCUGAACACUGAGGAAAGAGUUGAAGCCGCUUUAACAGAUUUCAUCUUGGAUGGUUCCAAAACCACUUCCAUAGCCCACAAAGUCUGGAAGACUGUUGUCAGGCCUGGAGAUACGGUCAUCGAUGCCACUUGCGGCAACGGUCAUGAUACGCUUAUGUUGGCAAAGCUUGUGCUUCAAGAAGCAACUGCAGGCUACGUGAUUGGGCUCGAUUUACAACAAGGAGCCAUAGAUAAUACAACAGCACUGCUUGAUCGAGAGCUUGAUCCUAACCAGCGAGAAAAAGUGAGCCUGUUGCUGUUAUGUCAUUCUCAGCUUGACGAAGUUGUGGACGAAUCUUCAGUAAGAUUGGUAUGUUUCAAUUUGGGCUAUCAACCGGGAGGGGAUAAAAGCUUCAUCACAAGAGCGGAGUCGACUGUAAAUGCUGUUCGUGCGGCAACUAAAGUAAUCGAACCGCAAGGACUAAUCAGUAUCAUGUCAUAUGUUGGACACCCGGGGGGCCAGGAAGAGUACGAAGCUGUACGGGAUUUCUUAGCUAGUCUACCUCCCAACGAGUGGGUUUGCAGCCACCUAUCGUGGACAAAUAGGCCACUAUGCCCACACCUCAUGUUUGUGCUAAGAAAAUAACAAUGUGUUUUCCAAAUUAGUCUCCUCUAUACAUGUUAUCAUUAGUAGCUAUCAAGCUUUAUCUGAAAGACCAAUUUUUGUACCAUAAAAGGCUGCGCUUAACAAGCCCUGCGUGGAAUCCAGAUUUCUUCAUAAGAAGAAACAGUAUGAAGCAAUAUGCAGUCUGUUUCUUCUAAGUAUUUAAUAAAUGCCAGAUUCAUAAGGU